AUGUCAGAUUCUGUGGCGACGGACGAGGACUCUCCUCCCAAUAACAUCCUGACCUACUCCAUCAUCUACGCUUCUCAGUUCAGAUCAUAUUUCAGCAUCACUGUGGUGGAGGGCUAUGCAGUCAUCACGGUGAAUCGUCCUCUGGAUUAUGAGCAGGUCCCCGCUGGAUUGAUCUUUCUGACUCUGAUGGCCAGAGACGGAGGGAACCCGUCCCUCAACAGCACUGUUCCCAUCACCAUAGAGCUGUUUGACGAGAACGACAACCCACCCGAGUUCAGCCUCCCGUCUUAUAUCGUCAACAUACCGGAGAAUAUCGUUGCAGGAGCUACGGUGUUGUUUGUGAAUGCCACCGAUCUGGACGCCUCUCGAGAGUUUGGUCAGGCCUCUCUCAUCUAUUCCCUGCAGGGCAGCUCACAGUUCAGACUCAACACGCGUUCAG